GGAGGGUCAAUGGGAGGAGGGAUGAGGAAGCCGCCGUUGCAUCCGUGACGGGCGCCUGAGGAGCCGGCGCUUGGGACAGCCCCUUUGCUGCUGGCUCGGGGGGAGGGAGAGGAGGAGGAAGGAGGAAGGAGGAAGGAGGAGGGGUGUACGAGCGCGGCGAUGAGCUCAGCCCCGGCCCCUGGCGCCGCCUGAGGAGCCCCGGCCCCCUCCCCGAGGCCUCCGCCGCCGCCAUGGCCCACUCCCCGGUGCAGACGGGCCUGCCGGGGAUGCAGACUCUGAAGGCAGAUCCAGAAGAACUGUUUACAAAACUGGAGAAAAUUGGUAAGGGCUCUUUUGGUGAAGUUUUCAAAGGAAUUGACAAUCGGACUCAGAAAGUGGUUGCUAUAAAAAUUAUUGAUCUAGAAGAAGCGGAAGAUGAAAUAGAAGACAUCCAACAAGAGAUCACAGUGCUGAGUCAAUGUGACAGUCCAUAUGUAACUAAAUAUUACGGAUCCUAUUUAAAGGAUACAAAGUUAUGGAUAAUAAUGGAAUAUCUGGGUGGAGGCUCUGCCCUUGAUCUAUUAGAACCUGGCUCACUUGAUGAAACCCAGAUAGCCACAAUACUGAGGGAGAUACUCAAAGGACUUGAUUACUUACAUUCAGAAAAGAAAAUCCACAGAGAUAUUAAAGCGGCUAAUGUAUUGCUCUCUGAACAAGGAGAAGUAAAACUAGCAGAUUUUGGAGUAGCAGGACAACUAACAGAUACCCAAAUAAAGAGGAAUACCUUUGUGGGAACACCAUUUUGGAUGGCACCUGAAGUAAUAAAGCAAUCUGCAUAUGAUUCAAAGGCAGAUAUCUGGUCAUUAGGCAUAACAGCUAUAGAACUUGCAAAAGGAGAACCACCUCAUUCAGAAUUACAUCCAAUGAAGGUUUUGUUCCUCAUUCCUAAGAACAAUCCACCAACGUUGGAAGGAAACUUCAGUAAAUCCCUCAAAGAAUUUGUUGAGGCCUGCUUGAACAAGGACCCAAGCUUUAGACCUACUGCAAAGGAACUCUUAAAACACAAAUUUAUUUUACGAAAUGCAAAGAAAACUUCCUACCUGACUGAGCUUAUUGAUAGGCACAAGAGGUGGAAAUCUGAACAGAGUCAUGAUGACUCCAGCUCUGAUGACUCAGAUACUGAACCAGAUGGCCAGGCUUCAGGUGGGAGUGAUUCAGGAGAGUGGAUCUUCACCAUAAGAGAAAAGGACCCCAAGAAUCUAGAGAACGGAGCAGCCCAGCCUUUGGAGUUUCAAAGAAACAAGGAGAAGGACAUCCCAAAGAGGCCUCUAUCCCAAUGCCUGUCUACAGUUAUAUCCCCUUUAUUUGCAGAGUUGAAAGAGAAAAGUGAAGUGUGUGGUGGCAACACAGAUUCCAUAGAAGAACUGAGAAAGGCGAUUUAUUUAGCUGAAGAGGCUUCUCCAGGCAUUGCCGAUAACAUGGUGUCACACCUAGUGCAGAGGCUUCAGAGAUAUUCACUAGCUGGAGGAAGUACUUCAUCCUACUGAAGUACUCUUUCUGACUUUUCUAAGACAACGGAGAUCCAAUGGUGUCUGCAGUGAAGAAGCGCGUCCUGAAGUCGUUCUCCCCUCAGUCACCAGAAUGUCCUUUGGCGGAAGGAUGUUCCUAAACGUGCAAGAGUGAAAAUGAAGUCUCUCAGAUGGAGGCAGUCUUUUUCAGCUCCUUAAAGCUAUAGUUUUUUUAAUGACAAUGCACAUAUUCCAGGGAGGUGUCUUUUUGUAAACUUUGCAAUGUAUAUUUAGGUUUGUGAUAGAGAAAUUGAAGAUAUUGAGAAACCUCAGGUAUCUUGCUUUAAGAAUUCCACUGGGAGAUGGAGUAUGUUUGUUGGAAUUGUGUACAGAUAUGUAUAUAAUGUCUUUUUUUUAAAUGAGAGCCUUUCAACGUGCAUAAGGAAUCACUGUGUACAAAAUGGUAAAGUGCUUCUGUAGAUAAUGUUAGUGGGGUAAAUAUUUGACAGGCCAUAACUGAGUAUUGCCUUGCCUUUAUUACAUGUAAAUCUUGAAUUACGUGGUAAGUGAAUCUUGGAUUGAUUUUUUUUGUAUGUGAAGGAUUUGCCAUUGGAAGAUAGUUAAUCCUGUACAAUGGAACCUUCUAUUCGUACCUCAGCAAAGACACAAUUUUAUUCUGUUUCUCCAGUAUUUCUUCCUUUUUAUCUAUAUUCAGAGUGUGACUUUCUGAUUAUGGUACUACUUCUGGUUGUUUUAAAUUGAACACACCUUGUCUCUCAAAGCUUUAAAUUAUUGUUUUUUCCUAUAGAAUGAGCUCUUUCAUGUCUUCAGUUUUAAAUUGUGCCAAUGCAAAUUCUGACCCAUAUGUAUUGUUCAAUUUUAGUAAUAGAUACUUGUGAAGCUUGUAGUGAAAUUCAGGUACAAUCUCUUUUCCACCUAAACACAUUUGAAUGCUCACACAAAUUUUAUUUGCGUUUCUUCUGAAAUAACUCAUUAAGAUGUUGGCUCUAAGACAGUGGCAAAUGUUUCUUCAUUAUGCCUAUUUUUGUCAUUAAAAUUAAUGUCUUGCAGCGUAAAAGAAAAAUUAUCCAUGUAUUCAGUGUUUCGUCUUGCUGCCGAAAUCUGUGCGUCCUUUUACUGAAAGUGAUAGAAAUUAGACAGAAGGACUGCAAAACUGAGCCAAGAGUGGUGUAUGCCAUGUCCUAGUACUAACCCUGGGGGGGGGGGGGGGGGAGAAAAAAAAAGUUUUUGAAUUCUAAAAUUCCAAGUAUUCCUGUGACAGCUCCUGGAUAGCUGACUUAAGCUUUUAAAUUUCCUUGGAAAUAGUAACAUCAGUCUCACACUUGAUUAGAUGGCUUUUUUUCCCCCCACAAUAUUACUUUAAGGUUUACCUUGGCUCGUUUCACCAAGGCUAUGUGCAGCCGCUUAUUCUUCUGGUACCUAAGAGACCAUGUUUUUCAUUUAAUGGAAAAAAAAAAAAGGUGAUUUUAGGUUUUAGGCAGUGAGGUACCUUAUCUGUUUCAGUGUGUUUUUUAAAACAAAGAUAAGAGGCUUUGAACAAAGGAUUAAAACAAGCAUAGGCACAUCUACCUGGCUUUGUACAAGAAGUCUUCGUCUCUAACCAUUCUGGAAGCUGGUGAGGUUGUUGUGCAGGACUUCACAGCACCAUGCUAGCCAUUAUUAUAUGCAUAUUUGUCGCCUUAAUUAUCAAUUGAAUAAUUUAACAGUGUUAAAGACGCUGUUUUGCUAACACAGCUGUGAAACUGAGCAGGCUAAAAAAAUAGUUCAAAGAAAUGGGUAUCUCAUUCUUGUAGCCAUAUUCUUAGACACAACACGUUUGCCAGCGUGCUUUUUCGUUACGGUUAAGUGAAUGCCAGAUAAAUUGAACAAUGCAUACAUUCGAGCAAUGUUUUGUAACUGCUCCUCGAUCGGUAUCGAUAAACAUGUUGUUUUCUGUGCUCUUGAACUUGAAGGAUAGGCUUACCCUCGAGGAAACGAAGUCAGCUCUGCUGUUGUGAGGUGCCCAGCUGAAUACCGUGCAGUGGGAAAGUCACCUUCUGACAUCUCUGUGUCAGAACAUUCAGCCAUUCGAUAAAUACGUGCUGUUAGACCGUAUGGAAAGAAAUAGAUGCGUUUGCAUUCAAAGUAUGAAUAGAAAAAUGGAAGCUGUCAGUGUAAGCGCUGGCAAUUUAUGGUGGUAGCUGGAAUCUCAAGAAUUUCUCAAUCAGGAAAUUGUACGAAGUCCUGAGGUACGCUAUUUUUGAGCAACCAUUUACAAAGUAAUAAAUACGUAUAUUUUCAAGUUACUUUUUCCUGUUGCAUUCCAGGAUUGUGUGUUGAGGAAAAUACUUCUCCAUUUGAGUAGAUUGUGACAGAAUUUGCUUGGUGGCUGUAUCCGUUGGUUUGGGAGCUUGAAAUAAGUAAGACACACAGCAAGGCUGAUGAGCCAAAAGGCUGGGACAUUGACAAAAAGACAAGACCUUGUUUAUGGUAGAGAUGUGUAUUUUUGUAUGUAAUAUAUAGAUUAUUUAAGUAUAGAUUAUCUUAAAGUGAGAUUCACUGACAAAAAGUGUGCUGUAUCUUGAAUGUAAAAUUACGAUCAUUUGCUAGUGGAAAGUAUUGAUGCUUUAAAAAUAAGAUCUGUAUUGGUAACAGAAGAGCUUCAUUUGAAAGAAGCGUGGCCUCAGUUUCUGAAAGAAAAAUAAGGGUAUUGGUAUUUUUGAGAGGUUGUCUCAUGCUGAAAACGUUUGUUACAAAGUUGCGCCGACUUUCUUAUUUUUAUUUUUUGCAGGUAAUGCAUCUUCACUCAGUCUUGAAUAUUCUAAGCAACAGGUUAUCCCUAUUUAUGCAAACAAAUCAGUAGAACUGCUUACUUGUCAGGGAUUUCAAGAUUUAAGCAUUAAAUAAACUCACUUUCUGUUUAAAGAGAAAAUAAAACCAGUCAUUUGCA